GAACAAUUUUUAACUAUAGACAUACAGUUAUCUGAAGUAAAUAUAUCCACCAAUUAAAAAAUUACACGCUCGCUCCGUGCAAGUGCACUUGAAAACCGAAGCCCCAAAAAUUCCUCUAUCCAGAACGAAAAACAAACCGGAAUAAUGACAAGGUCUUCGCGUGGGGAAGUCACGCCGAUGUCGGCAAAAAAAAAGACGAGUUGAAGUGUGUAUACACCUAUAUACCGACAAUGCGAGAGCCUGGGAAUGUCCAAGCGAGCGCGAAGGCUUUCCGCAAUGCCAUAUACUUUCUUCAUUACCCGUUUGAAAUAAAAUCCAUAAAAUCUGAGGGCCGAUUUAUGCACCUUAUUUUAUUGCUGCGAGUAAUGACAUGACGUAUUGGGUUAUUUUAAUUCGUGCAAAGAUAUAUUAUGUAGGUGUAAUUAAUUAAUGCUAUACGAAACGGUUUUUAUCGAGGAAAAGAUUUUACAAGAAAAACCCAGGUUAUGAUACUUUACAUGUUUAAUCAUGUAGGCGAAUUAAGCGUGACAAGUACACACGAGAGAUUGAUAAAUAUCAAUGAUAAUUACGAACUACGUAUGAGAUGAGGAUAGUUUUGCAGGAAACUGUGUAGGUGAUAGAAUCUGAUUUGUACCAAAAUUAGACGUAGUCAUUAGGUAGACAUUUACAAGAAGUCAAAGAAAUAAUAUGGCUGUGUUUUGGGGAAAUUUAAAUGAUAUAUCGAUGAUGAAAACGAAAAAACUACAUAAGCUCCUAUGUAAAAAGAGGGGUAAAAGCUGCUAAUGAAAUGGUCGUUUGAAUUAGAUAUAGCCUUUUUUAUCAUAGGUAGAUAUGAGGUUCAAGUUGGCAUUAAAAUGCAUAAUUGAUUUUUCUAGAUCAUACGUGAUAGAUUAAGUGAAAAACACACCCAUUACGUCACAAAACUAUGAUGUUGAUAACCCCACGUAGUUGACCCAAGUAAUAUGUAAUCGCAACAAUAGAUGCUUGACAAGGUCGCCUAGCAAACAUUAAAAAUCCAGAUUAAACGCGCCUAUCUCAUAAAUUCAAGAAGCGGAUAAUGCACUGUGCAUUAUAUGAAUAUAGAUAAUUGCUUUUAGUAAAAAGUUGUGGUAUAUUUAACAAGUUUGAUUAAAUUAAAUGAAUUUUUAAAUAAAGUGAACUUUAAAGGUAUUGUGCGAUAUGAGCAAUCUUUUUUUUUGCUCGUAUGAUAUGUUUAAAAAUAGGACUGAAUUGAACUUUUUGCGAGAGCACUUUGUCAUUGGGAUUCUUAAAUUAAGAUUCCAAGUUUGACAGGCUACUUAAGCAAGUAUGUCGAUCAAUUACUUGAACAAACACAUUACGAAUUUUUUGUUGUUCUGAUUCAGAAGCCGAUAAAUCAUAUUUAACGAUUGAGGUAUGCAAUUUUUCCAGCAGCGCGCAUUGACGACCGUGAAACUGGGAAAGGGUUUCAAAACCGUAGGAGUUCCUUUCAAAAAUUGAGAGAAACGAUCGAACAAUAAGGAAGUAGUAAAAGAGUAGUAAUAUAUGCAGUCAAUAUCAAACUGGCUCUAACAAUUAAAAUCCGUUGAAUUAAAUUAAUUAACAGCCCCAUAUAUACACAUAUCUCAUCAUGCUCUGAAACCCGUUCGCUUAAAAAUCACUGACGUUUAUACAAUCUACAAAGAAACACAAACAACCGAAGCUUACUCCCGCGAAAGGUAAACAAAGAGAAAGAGACUAAGGAAAGAACGUACAGCGUCGUACUUGCGCGAAUGAAUGAGCGAGUGUCCCGCAUGAAUGGCAUCACGCGACCGGCUAAUGAUCGACCGCGCGGUUAAUUCUCUCCUCGGUUGUGUAUAAUAACAACUCGAUAGUCUCGUACAGUCUCCCGCGAAUAUUUCAUCAACAUAUAUGCUAAGCCGUGAGAAUAUCAAUGACGAUGGCAAAAAGAGCUGAAUAAGCGUGCAUCCGCGUGAGGUGUUACGAAAAAAGUCGCUUUUUUCAUAGCGUAUCAAUUCGAAGACGAGAGUACUAACGUCAAUGACAUGAUGUAACAGUGAUAACAGUCGGACUAUGUCGAACAGUAUAGUUAACGGAUCGCUGAGAGUAUAUAAGUAACAGUAUAAACUGAAAUAAAAAAGACGAUACAAGUAAAAAUUAGUGAAAAAAUUAGUUUGUUCUGUUGAAUUGGAUAUAAAAGUGUAGUGUAUAGACAAAACUCUGAGUGUAAAAAAGUGAUGACCUACAGAGCACGCAUGAAAUUCCAAUAAGUCGGCAUUUAGAUGCAUAAAGAUCACACGAUGAUCAAAAGAAUAACUUAACUAUGUACAUUGACGGUCGUAGAAUAACAAAUAAGUUGUGCAUGCAAAAACAUAACGAUCUCGGCAGAACUUGAAAGUGACGAUAAAGUGGUACGAUACAUUUUUCAUGACAACGUAUAAUUCAAAAAGUACAAUACAGACAAUGAAAAUGCGAUUUUCAUAAAAAAAAAGUGAAGUACCCGCCACAGUGAGGAUAGCUGUAUUAGUACACUGUAAGACCCAUAAAAAGUUUAAUAGCCAACAGGAAGAUUUUUUCACGCGCGUAACGGUAACGAAAAUCAAUCAAUUGAUGCAUUAAUCUCUUCUUAGCUAGCUAACGUCACGAUUUCGAAAAAAAAACCUUAGAACAUGAUAAUAAAAGCCUCCACCUUAUUUCUGAUUAAACACCCCCCAAAAUCAACCGUCUCAAUCGCACCUACUAAUUACUUCUUUUUUUGUUAAAAACCACAACCACCACGAGCUCCGUCGAAAGGUCGAAUCCACGACUGCACUCUGAAGACGAAGUCAGCCAGAUCCAAGGAAACAAAGUGUACAACCGAAGACUGCCUCAAGAAAAAAAUAGCGACAUGACUAUAGUAAGCCGGAAACUCGCGCCGCAUAAUGUAAUCGGUGAUAAACUGCGCAACUACUCGCGGGGAGUCGAGAGAGAGAGAGAAAAAAAAAAGAAAAACGUAACAACGAUCGCGAUUAGAAAAUCUUUCGAUAAAGCAGCGCAUCGAAGGUCAUUCGCGGAAAAGUCGCGAAUCUUUCGAAAAUGACGCGUACGAUCGAUACACGUGUAAUUGGAGAAGACAAAGGGAAAAUGAAACGUGUGAAGGUCGAGAAUGAAAAAACUCAGUGGGUCGCACUUCGCGAUCGCGUGUAAUUCCGGGGUGAGCGGCCCGAUCCGCAGCUGAAGGAUAUGAUGUGGUCCCUUCGAACGACGUCGUGUCUACAACAACGCGUAUAUGGUGCUCUUAUUUUAGAACGGAGCUUGUGUCAGUGUGAAAAUAGCGAAAGGGACGAUUAAAAAAACCGAAACGCCGCUUUGUUCGUUCCGUUCGUUCUACCGAUCUUCGGCACACAAAGUCAAGUGCACACCGAUCACUUCGAAUUUUAACCGUGUCACAAUGAACCUUGUUCUUCCAUCAUCGCGAUUCGACGGCGAUCCAUGUUGUUUGCUAACAAACAAUAAAGUCGCGUGUACAUACAACUUGGCCACAAAACCGAUUUUCCGAGUAGUGAAUGAGAGAUCGGUAGUAAACCCGGCGAGGCAACAGGAAAUCUCAAGAAUCGCCGAUCAUAUACAGAGUACACUUACGCGAGCGCACAGCAUCUCUUGUCCUUGCACUUUCGCGCGCGCGCGUAUGUAUAAAGGUGGCCGAGUCCGCGCGCGGUCGCCCAGAUAGAGAUCGACAGUCCAGCAGCGCGUUUCGAAUUGUUCGACACAGAAACACACAUUUAGAACGAAAAACGAUACUCGCGACAUAAUCGCAUCGUCAUGCCGGCCCACGAGGAGACGCAGCUGCAGGAGGGCAGUGCGAUCGAGGCUCUGGAGAGACCAAGAUCGGCUGACUCGGAGAAGCACUCGCGGCUGGACUACGAGAGGGAAGAGGAGGCUCAUCAGAUUGGAGAGGACAGCGACGAGGGCUAUGCCAUGGACAACUUCAACGAGGAGGGAUUCUUCUGCAGUCUGCCGGGAAGGGAGAGUCACGAGAAGUUCAUACGGGACGCCGUGGAGAUGAUCCUCAGGGAGGCUGUUUUUAAGGGCACAUCGAGGAAGAACCGCGUGGUGGAGUGGAUCGAGCCGGCAACGCUACCAUCGAAGAUCGACCUUCCACCGAGAAAAACCGGGGAAUCCCACGAGGCGCUGCUUCGUCUGCUGGAUUCGGUGAUUCGCUACAGCGUCAAAACCGGUCACCCGCACUUUGUCAACCAGCUGUACUCGAGCGUUGAUCCUUACGGUCUCGUUGGCCAGUGGCUCACCGAUGCCCUCAAUCCAUCGGUUUACACCUACGAGGUCUCCCCCGUUUUCUCUCUCAUGGAGGAGGCUGUGCUCAAGGAGAUGCGAGCUAUCGUCGGUUGGCAGAACGGCGAAGGUGACGGAAUUUUUUGUCCGGGCGGCUCGAUGGCCAACGGCUACGCCAUCAACUUAGCCAGGCACUGGAUGUUCCCGAUCGUCAAGGAGCAGGGACUGACCGCAGUUCCGAGGCUCGUGGUCUUUACUUCCGAGGACGCGCACUAUUCCGUGAAAAAACUUGCGGCUUUCCUCGGCAUCGGCAUCGCCAACGUGUACAGCGUGAAAGUCGACGAGUCCGGCAAGAUGUGCGUAUCCGACCUACGCGCCCAGAUUGACCGAGCUAUCCAGGAAGGCGCACGUCCCUUGAUGGUUUCAGCCACCGCCGGUACCACAGUUCUGGGCGCGUUCGAUCCUUUGCGUUCGAUCGCCGAGUUGUGUCGCGAGCACAACAUGUGGUUCCAUGUGGACGCGGCCUGGGGUGGUGGUGCCUUGGUCUCUCCAAAACACCGGCACCUCCUGGAUGGCGUCGAACUGGCGGACAGCGUCACCUGGAAUCCGCACAAGCUUCUCGCCGCGCCACAGCAGUGCUCGACGCUUCUCACCAGACACAAGGGCCUACUGCAAUCGGCUCAUGGAUGCAAAGCUACGUACCUCUUCCAGCAGGACAAAUUUUACGACACGAGUUACGACUUCGGAGACAAGCACGUGCAGUGCGGUAGGAGAGCCGAUGUUUUGAAAUUCUGGCUCAUGUGGAAGGCCAAGGGCACCGAUGGUCUGGAGAAACACGUCGACAGAGUUUUCCAACUGUCCAGGUACUUCGUUGGAAUCAUCAGAAACAGACCCGGCUGGCAACUGCUGUUCGAGCCUGAGUGCACCAACGUCUGCUUCAGGUAUGUACCGCCUUCGAAGAGACACCUGAACGGCCAAGACUUGUUCCAGGCGCUGCACAAAGUUGCACCGUUAGUCAAGGAAAGAAUGGUAAAGACAGGAUCGAUGCUGAUCACGUACCAGCCCAUUCGAGAACAGGCUAAUUUCUUCAGACUUGUGCUGCAGAAUUCCGGCCUCACCGAGGCGGACAUGCACUUUUUCGUCGAGGAGAUCGAGAGGUUAUCGGAAGAUCUGUGAAAUGGACUGAUGUAGAUUUUGUUAAGCAUACCUAAAUGCUGUAAUAAGUGACCUUAUGUAAUAAUUGUAAAAUAAGAGGAUAACGAAGAGAGCUGAGAGCGACUAUGAUCGUUUGGGCGCAAAAAGUAUUUUUUUAAGCUUUAUGGAAAAUCCAGUUGAAAUUUCGAUGAUUAUUGAUUGGAUUCAUUUAGCUUGCGUAAUUUUAAUUACGGUAGCAAAAGUAUUCAGUAAUUUUAAAGCUUGUUGUUGCAUAGUUAUUGUAUCAUAAAUCAUACAUAUGUUGAUUAAAUUGAAUAACACAAGAAAAAAAAUUACGAAAAAGUGAAAAAAAUCUAAA